AUUGCACAACACACAGAUGGUCAGUCUCUCCUGGUGUUUUCGACUCACUGAGAUCUGCUUCUGUUACAACAGCUUCCAGGAGAAGGCAAGAUGUCUGUGACUAUGACAAAAACUGAAGGGGUCACCAUCCUUACCAUGAACUCUGACCCCCAAAGCCGUUGGCCUCCUCUGUGCCAGAUCUUGAAGAACCUUUGCUACAGUCCAGUGUGCUGCUCAGUGUCUCAGCACCUGAGGACGGUCCAGAGAUCAUGUCUGUCCGUACUCGGGACGAUACAGAUCAUGGUGGGGUUGCUUAAUAUCGGCCUCGGUGUCAUCCUCUCUGUGAUACCCACUUAUUCUUGGCAGUUACAUUACACUGGCUUUCCUUAUUGGCUGGGAGCACUAUUCAUUGUGUUUGGCAUCACGUGCAUUUUGUCGGAGAGGUUUUCAAGUGCAUGUCUGGUCAUCCUCAAUGUGAUUCUCAACCUGGCUGGAGUUGGUUUUGCCAUUGCAGCCAUUGUCCUCUACAGCAUCAAUAUAGCAAACAUGCAUUUGUGGUAUUCAUGCUACUAUAAUUACCCCUACUACCGAUGGGGCACAUCACCGACUCAAGAUCCUCAGGAGAUUUACCUACAACAAAAAUGCUUGGAGAGUACAGAACUGCUUUUGAUGCUCCUGAGGAGCAUCAAUGCAGUGCUGAUCAUCCUGUCGGUCCUGGAGCUCUGUGUCACCAUCAGCUCGGCUGUUCUGGGCAUCAAAGCUCUGAGGAGCACCGAGAAGGAGCCAGAAAAGAGCUCUUAAGAUUCAGAAGUCUACAAACCACAGAUGGAGGAACUGACCACCAAACCUGCAGCCUGAACAUCUUUUAUACUUUUAAUUACCAUGAACCACAAAGAGUCACUGUUCUGUAAAAACACUGAUUUAAUCAAACUGAGUUUGUCUCUAUGGGUUGAUUCAAAGAAAUGGACUUCAAACUUUUUAAACUUUUGUAACCACUGAUAUUUAUAUUGAACAUUUUAUGUAAAAUCACAACUUCUGGUUAAAGAGGGUUCAUGAAUGUUUAUAUAAUGUUUAUUUUUAUAUGCUAGCAACACUGAGUCAAAACAGUACUGACCCAUAUGUUACAUAAUUAAAUAUAUUUUUCACAUUUUGUUGGAGAAGACCUUAAAAAUGCACAAGUAAUAAACAGGUACUUCUUCCCACAUUAUUAAAACAGGCAGGUACUAAUUUCCCACCUUCCUAAUUAAUUAGGUACUGUUCCACACAAAUUUCUUUUUACCUUUCUCUUUAGGUUCUUCUGCGUGUUCGUUUUGAGGGAGCAUAGAUGACAGACUACUUCUCUCAGCUGACAAUUUAUUCAUUUACAAGGUAUAAGAAUGUGCAAUUACAGAGCCCCGGGUCCAUUUCUAUCCCUGCCAAACAGACAUAAGAAAUGUCCUGCUGGCUGCUAGACAGGACAUCCUCCAACUGAUUUCUGAACCCUUAUAAACGUUAUUGCUGUAGACAGUUUUUGCUGACUAAUGCUGCAGUUGCUGGAGUCGGAUCAGAUGCAGUAACAGGUCAACCACACGCAGAUGUUUACUUCCUGUGACCUCUAUGGUCAGUGAUUUCUUGUGUUCUGAAAAACAGGGACAAAGAGACCAUACACAGACAAGAAAGGGAUUUCCUCUGGACUCCAGUUGACCUAGAAAUUUCUCCUAAUACAACAUGUCAUAUGUUCUUUUACUGGCAACACGUUAGUCAGCCUGUCACAUGUUCUUCUCACAUCCCCCUAUAUGAGCUUAAAGAUAAGAAUAUAAAUGAAAAUAAGUAGCACACUUAAGGAAUUCCUUGAGUAUCCCAAUAAAUUGAUUUACAUUUCCAUGUCUAUUUUAAUCAAAACAGUGCAGCAGGUGUUGGAUUUAGCUACAACGUGUGCAUUUUGCUGUGAGAUGAUGUAUUAACCACCUUCUAGUGAUAUUUCUUACAAUAUUUCAACAAUGUAGUAUGGUACACAGUGUAAAGUAUAUCCUUUGUUAAACAGUGUGUUUGGAUUUUAUUAGUAUUGAAUAAGAUUAAGUAUCUAAAAAGCUUUUAAAUCAACAUUGCAAACUCAAAUCAAUUUAGUCCAUCUUUUCUUUAUCUCUGUCUAACAUAUUUUUAUUGAAGAGCUGUUUCCU